AGAAUGGCUACUGAGGAGUUCAACGAUGCUCUCCACAGUUACAGCCGUGUUGCCCACGAUCACACUCUGGCUCUGCUAGCUGUAUGUUCUUGGCUAUCAAGAUCAGCACUGCCCAAGUCAUUGUCCGAUUCAACUGGUGAUGAGAUGGGGGUCAACCAGUCCGUGGGCUUUCCACCUGUCACAGGGCCCCACCCCGUGGGCUGCGGGGAUGUGAUGGAGGGCUGGAGUCCCCAGGGGAGCUUCUUUCGACUCUUCUACCCCUGCCAGGAGGCAGAGGAGACCACGGAGCAGCCCCUGUGGAUUCCCCGCUACGAGUACUGCAUGGGCCUGGCCGAUUACCUGCAGUUUAAUAAGCGCUGGGGGGGGUUGCUCUUCAACCUGGCUGUGGGGUCUUAUCGCCUGCCUGUCAGCUGGAAUGGCCCCUUUAAGACAAAGGACUCUGGAUACCCCUUAAUCAUCUUCUCCCAUGGCCUGGGAGCCUUCAGGACACUAUAUUCAGCCUUCUGCAUGGAGCUGGCCUCCCGUGGCUUUGUGGUGGCUGUGGUAGAGCACAGAGAUGGGUCAGCUGCGACCACCUGUUUCUGCAAGCAGGCCCCAGAAGAGAACCAGCCCUCUCAUGAGUCGCUGGAGGAGGAAUGGAUUCCCUACCGCCCAGUUAAGGAAGGGGAGAAGGAAUUUCAUGUUCGGAAUUGCCAGGUGCAUCAGCGGGUAAACGAGUGCAUACGGGUGUUGAGGAUCCUGCAAGAGGCCACUGCAGGGAAGACUGUCCUCAACAUCUUGCCUGAUGGGUUGGACCUGAAGACCUUGAAGGGCAGCAUCGACAUGAGCUGCGUGGCUGUAAUGGGACAUUCAUUUGGAGGGGCCACAGCUAUUCUGGCUUUGGCAAAGGAGACCCAAUUUCGGUGUGCUGUGGCUCUGGAUGCCUGGAUGUUUCCUCUGGAACGUGACUUUUACCCAAGGGCCCGAGGCCCAGUAUUCUUCAUCAAUACUGAGAAAUUCCAGACAGUGGAGAGCAUCAACUUGAUGAGGAAGAUGUGUGCCCAGCAUGAGCAGUCCAGGAUCAUAACUGUCCUUGGUUCUGUUCACCGGAGUCAGACUGACUUUGCCUUUGUGUCUGGGAAUUGGCUUGGUAAGCUCUUCUCCACUCAGACCCGUGGGAGCUUGGACCCCUACGAAGGCCAGGAGAUUGUGGUGCGGGCCAUGUUGGCCUUCCUGCAGAAGCACCUUGACCUGAAAGAGAACUAUGACCAAUGGAACAACCUCAUUGAAGGCAUUGGACCAUCGCUCACCCCAGGGGCCCCACACCAUCUAUCUAGCCUUUAGACACAACUGGCCAUUUGUAAAAGGUCACAAAUGGGAGAGAAGCUGAGCUGAAUUCUAAUUUGGGGUCUGCCCAUAACCUCCUGUCAGGAAGUGGUCGACAUGGCCCUUCACAGAUCAAAAGGAUAUGAUCACACUGCUGAAUGGGUAACUGGGUAAUUUGAUCUUGGACUUGUUGAUCUUAAAUUCAUGGUAGGACUUGGAUCACUUACUGAUCAGCACAUUGACUUUCUGGGCCCUGAGCCCUGAUGGUGUAGGGAAGGAGCAGUGGGGUGGGGCUGGGGAACACCCAAGCCCUAAGCCUACUCCCCCACCUUGGGCCAGUGUGGCUUCUGCAGUGGAAGAAAUGAAGCCGAAGGGUGGAGUGAAAAUUCCUGCCUUCAGGACCUUUAGCCCAACCUGGCUCUCUCUCUUCAUACCUCUCAGCCUUCCUCCUCUCCGGGGCUACUUGGUGAGUUCUCAGCACAUUAGGUAACUUUCUAGGAUAUGGACCACGGUCAGAUUUUCUGUUUCUUUUAAGCCUUCUUUAUGCAUGAAACAGUACUGGGCACUUAGGACUAAGUUAUCCUUGUGAGCCCAUGAGGAGGUCAGACAGCAUUGUCCUCAGAGCAUAGGGACAGAAGCUGAGCCUCAGAAGCUCUGGAUAUUUUGGAGUUUUGCUAAACAUGUAUCUUGACACAAGUAGGUUGAGUUGGAGACGGUAGAAUAACAGUGUUAAGUAGCAUUUGAACAGGCCCUUGCCACAAAAGGGAGCUGGUUUGGUCAGCUCGGGUUCAGGAGACUACUCCAGGACAGGUUAGGAACACUUCAGCCCUGCCUCUUACCUCAGGUAUUAUGAGCCUCCAGCUUGCUCAGAAUCGGGGUGCUGUAAGUUGUCUGUUUUUUGACUCUGAAGCCCUAGCCCCAAAUUUAAGUCAGGAUAUACGUUGAAUUUGUAUUCUGUUCCACUUAAAAUUGAAUUAUAUUAAUACUCAUGUUUGCCUAAUGAUAUGUUGGAAUAUUCUUUACUUAAUCUGCAUGAGAGCAAGAUGGAGAGCCAUCUGGAAGUCACUUUCCCUUCUGUCUUUCUCUGUUCACUUACCACUUUUGCCCACAAGGAAAAAAACUUUAAAAGGGAAGGAGGUCUUCCAGGGUAAUCUAGUUCCAAGCUCUGUGGGAAGACCAACCUGAAGCACCCCUCUCUGCUAUUCUAGACUUCUUACCUCAGUUCAGGAGGGGACCCCAGAGGAGGCCAGAACAAAAGGCAAAAGCAUCUCUACUCAGUAGGUCCAAGGUCAGUGCCACCAUUAUAGGCUGGGACCGGGUCUCCCACCUCUCAGCAGUUGUUCUAAGAGGUGAAACAUCAGAUGCAUGGAGGCUGUGAACCUUGGGAGGAUCUAUGAAUUCCAAUGAGACGUAGCGUAAAGAGAAUCUCAUUAAAGCCCUGGGCUCUAGAGUUCUAUAGGCUGGUUUUGAGUCCUGGUUUCACCAUGACUGGCUGGUUAAAUUUGAGCAAAUUAUGUUCUCUUUCCAGUCUUGGUUCCUGCAUUUCUAAGAUGGGGAUCUGCAUUAUGAUAGGAGAAUUAAGUGAGAGGAUGUAUGUGCGUAUGGAUUAUUUAAAAGUAUGCCUCCUACUUUCCAAAUAGACAAGAUUUUUCCAUUUAUCCUAUAGCUGUUGUUUUCUAGCUUAAUUGCUUUUGGCCAGAGAAAAUAACCCAUAUGAUUUUAAUUCUGAAACUUGCUUGUUAGCCCAGUAGGAGGUCAAUUUUGUAAAUGUUCCUUAUAUGCUUAAAAAGACUGUAUUCUGAAGUUGUUGGCUUACUGAACAACAUGGUGGAUUCCCUUCCAUGGGGGUGCAGACAGAUGUAUAAUAGGACCUUCCGACCCCUGCUGGGGACCGAGAGCCCCUCAGCACUCACAGAAGCAGUAGAUGCCACCCCGUGUGCCUGAACUGGUUCUGCAGAUGCCAAGGUUCUGGCAGCUUUAGCACAUGAGACCCACCUUCUCUCUACCUUAGACCCAUACAUGAUACAGGUGUAUUUUGUAAAGACUGGGGCCUCCCUAGAGAAAGAAGUUGUUUGGAAACUGGAUCUAUCUCUCCUCUAUUCAUUUUAUAUUCUAGCAAUGACAUAUUUAUCCAGCAACAUUAGAACAGGUGAAUUUUCCCUAUAAUCAAAAAAUUAUCCUUUAAGCCGCAAAACAUAACAUUGACUGUUUUGAAUGGCAAUUUACCAAAAAAAUAAUGCACACACUGCUUAAUGUGAACUGACUUCAUUUAACUUUUGAGGAUGUUUCAGUCAGGAUAAACUAGGUCAUAUGGUAGUAGCAAGCAACCCCCAAACGCAGCAAAAGUUUAUUUCUUGCCCAUGCUACUUCUCCUCUGUGGGUCAGCUGGAGGCUCUGCUCUGUGUCAUUUUUAUCCUCACUUGGGGACUCAGGCUGGCGGAGUUGCCACGGUCUGGUAUUGGAAGAGAGAUGGUGAAGGUUUCUUCCCAGAAGUGACACUCAUUAUUUCCAUCCACGUGUCAUUGGCCCAGGCAAGUCAUCUGGCCAUACCUAACAUCCCAUAGCAUCCCAAGAGAGCCAAAAUUUCUGUGACCAGGCCUAAUGACAGAGCACUGCCACCCUCUGGCCUAUGAAGAUAUGGCGAGCUCUUUGCAUCUACACUACAUGACUCCCAGCAGCUGUCCUCUUAGUCUGAUUGCAUUUCAUAGUCUGGGUUGUCUCCCUGUGGUCAGGCGGCAGCCAUUAAUCUUCAUUGACUUUGAUGUGCCAGCCCCUAACAGCUCUCCCUGUUCACUUUAGAUUUAUUACUUCUGAUCAGCUAUAUUAUUUCAACUGUCUGAAGUAAGGCUAGGUAGUUACUGAGAGAGGGCUUUAGAGACCCUCCUGCAACUAAAAAGCACUGCCUUUAGUGCUUAGAAUUCUUUGACUGCUCAGAAAGGCUUUUGGUCCUUUGCCUUGGCUUUUGGUUAGCUUCCAGGGACUCAAGGAUACCAGAUAAAUGGCCUUUAGAUAAGCAAGAUAACCCUGCAUGUUAAUUGUCAUGUGCUGAUAAACCUCAUUCUAGUGCAUCUUUUCCAGGAGCAAAUCUGUCUUCGGUUUCUUUUGCAUCUUGUUUCCAUCGCAUUAUAGCACUGUACUCACGGGCGCCUCCUAGUGGUAUAUUGUGAAGUUUCUGAGUGGGGGGAAUGGUGCUGUCAGUCAGGAAGGGAGGAGUCAGUACUGGAUGGAAUGAGAUUCCUCAUCCCUCCCACUUCCUGGAAACAUCAGGCUGAGGCUGGAUGGGUUCUCGCUAUGCCCCCAACACAGACCCCAGCCCCUUUUCUGGUGUGUGUCCUGACACAGCUGCCCCCUUGCCCUUCCUCAAGAAGUCCACUGUGCUAUUGAAAUGUCAAUUGAUGGACUCUAAUUUCAUGUGUUGGCCAUGUGGGGACCUUCAUCUGCCCCCUUUUUCUUCUGGGACACCACUUACCCCUGGGCCUGCAAAGUGACAGAGGGACAGGAGAGGCCAUAGUCUGUACUUGGGAUCCAGUCCUUAUUAGGAAGCUUACUUUUUGUCCCAUCACAGCCAGAUGCAAAGGCCAAGUUUCCCUGCCCAUAGCUGUGUGGCAAAUGAUGACGAUGACAAUGAUGACGACAGUAAUGAUAAUCGCGGUAAAAACCAGCACUGAUGUCGCCCCGAUUGCGUGUCAGGGACUGUGCUCAGUGCUUUACAUGCCUUAUCUCAUUCAAUUUUUUACAGUAACCCCAUGGGGUCAGGUGAUAUUAGCCUCAUUUUGUGUAGGAGGAAACAGAGCCUUAGAGAAGUGAUUUGAUCAAGCUCUCACAGCAAGAAUUUGGCAAAGCUGGGAUUUAGGCAUCAAAGUCCAAGCUCUUAGUCACUGGGCCAUACUGCCUAAUACACAUACUUGGUUUUGCACCUCCCCCUGUCUGUCAGGGUAUGAGGAAUAUAAUUUCAUGAUAGAUCGAGUCAAGAAUGCCACAUUCUGCAGCAAUUUCCAUGUGACUUGUAUUGAGAUUCAGCGAUAUCCUUGGGAGUAUUGAGAUGUGGGUGGGAGAGAGCUGAGCUUCACUGCGGACUGUGGGUCUGUUGAUUUGAUAGAUGAGGAAAGCAGUUCAGGGAUUAAAAACGUGGUCUUUGAAAUCAGACAACUCCUACGCUGUUAUCCCUGUGACUUUCUGCUAAUUUAUUCACUUACAUGAACUUCAAUUUUCUCAUUCGUAAAAUGGAAAUUCUAAUAGUAUUCAAUCUUAGAACUGUAAUAAAUGAAAUAAUGCAUGGAAAGCACUUAGCACAGGGGCUAUACUAAGGGGCUAGUAAACAUUAACUGUUUUUACUAGUAGUGUUUUCUCUGGUCCUCCUUAGGUGCCUAUAAGGUGAGGGAUUAGCCCUUGUCCUCAGUGGCCCCAGAUGGCCUUGGUCUCAGUCCUUAUUCCAGCUCCUGUUUCAGUUACUCCUUCGCACAAAGCCCGCUGACCCACUCAGCUGCUACCGCCGUGUGAGGGUGGAGCUGGAUGAGAGAGUUUUUCACUCUCUUUGCUCUCACUUCUCUGCUCCUCACAUCAGACAUCCAACCCCACACCACAACUCUAGCCUUGCAGGCUCUCUUCGCCGCCAGGAAAAGUCUACACACUUAGGUUCUGGUUUGGGUUUUAAUUUCACACCUGAUCAUCCAAACACACGUGUCUGUGCACCAGAUGGAAACGGAAGGCCCUAAAAUGUAGAAUGGGAGGCUCAGAGGAGAAGGUCUGUGUAGAGGUUGGCCAAAGCGAAGAAGACGUGGGGAUAGGGAAUUUGUAGUAGGGGCUAGCUGUGUUCACUCUUGUCUGAGGCGGGGAUCGGGGCAAAGUACCCCAGGACCUCGGGAGAGCCUUCCCCAGGCCUGAGAAUGGCCUGCAGAUACAUCUGCACAGCUCUCUCCCUCACUGCCGUAUCUGAUUUCCUGCCAAUUUCUCUUGUUUCUUCCCGCUUGGUGGUUCUCACUUCCAGCUCGCCUUUCCAUGUCGUUUAAGUCUAGUCCCUCCCAUCAACUCACCCCUGUCGUCAUUUUUACAGUCUCCUCGACUCUAAUUUCCCCUUUGCUCUACAUUCUGCUGCCAGAUCUGCCUGAAACAUCACUUUUAUAUCAAAAUGCCAGCCUGGCAAGAUGGUCUAAUGGAAAGAAGACCAAACGGAUUGGAGCCCUGGGUUCUUGUCUCAACUCUCACAGCCUCUCGACCUAUGACCUUGUGCGUACGCCUUUCCUCUCAUGACUUCAGCUUCCCGAACUAAACUGGGACGUAGGGUGGUGGUUGUUGCAUUGGCUGGUCUCUAAGUCCCCUUCAGUUCUGGCAUUUUAUGUCCCUGUCACUGCCUUGUCAGGAAUCUACAGGACUCCCCUUUUCCUGUGCAGUGGCAUCUCACCCCCUCAAUCUGUCUGGUGGUGCCCACUUCUGUCCCCUGCUUCCUCCCUUGCACUCUGCUUUUUCCACGGUGCCCUUAAUAUGCCCAUCCAUUCCCCACACAGACGCGCAUGCCCUUUCUCGUGAUCUUUUCUUGCUUGCAGGGCCUUCCCACCCUCCUAUCUGUAUAUCCAAAUACUGCUAAUCCUUAGGCCCGUGUCUAGUUCCACCUCUUCUGUGAAAUCCUUUUUGAUUAAAUUCAACUAACAUUUGAUCCCUUGGCCUCCUGCUCCCCAAGAGAAAUAUAUCCUGUGCCAUAUUUAGUGUUGUACUUUAUCCCAUUAUUCCAGGAGAAGGGUCUGUCUGUUGGACAGGGAGAAGCAUCCUCUUGCUGACUGGUGAGGGGAACAGGGAUCGCUGUCCCGCCGACCCCCACCCAUGCCCCCCGUCAGCGGGUUUCUUGUUCGCCAGCCCGACUUGGGAACAGCUGGUGUUCGCCCAGCCCUCUGAUGUCUCCAGCUGCUCCUGCUUCCCUUUCUUUUGGUUUUCUAAGAUCUCAGCUGUGGGACCCAGGGCAGAGCCACCAACAGUGUGGCCAAGGGCAGCUGGAGCAAAUGAGAUACAUGGACGUGUAACAGUUGAGAGCUAGAAGGGAGGCAGAACUGAGCACAAAUCACGCCAGCGUUGAAAACGAGGGAAAGCAGUUUGCCAGCUUAUUUUCCCAUCUCGCUUUCAUCUAAAAAAAGAAGCUGCUCAGAAAUACAGUCCUCCUCAGCCUGCUGAGCCAGGUGGUCCCUAGAUUCCUGCCAAGUGUGCAUAUGUAAUUAUUCAUCUUCAUGGAAUCACACCCAGGGCUGAAUCUAGACACUGACACUUUUUUGCCAUUUGAUCUGGAACCAGUGAACCCUCUGAGCCUAUUUCUUUUUCUGUAAAAUGGGGUCACUAAUCUCUGCCUUGCCCCCUCAGUGUUUGGAGGGGUUCCAUGUGAGAUGUAAGAGUGCUUCGUAACUUAUAAAGCACUGGGCAAAUAUAUGUUGCUAUUAAUAGUAAAUGUGCCAUAUUUUAUUUUUGCUAUAGCGUGCUACUAAACGAGCAUGUAUUCUGUGCCAAGUACUGUGCU